GGAGUACUAGCGAAUGGAUACCAUUCUUCAGCUGAAAGUGUUGAUAAAUUGAAAAUUGCAGCAAAAUGAUCACAUCCGCAUUACUUCAUCAACUACAGACAUCAUGAUGGAAUUUUGGAAUCACCACACCAACAACUACGUCAGAGACAACGAGUAGCAAAGAAACAGAUCAGAGAAUUAUUUUUUUUUUAAAAAUGGGCAAUAUGGCAAUUUGGUGCAAGAUAUUCAAGAAAGUUCGAUUGAAAAAAUUCCUGGACAUACAGAAGACGCGGAAAAGUCGACUACCCUGUUCACUGAUCACAGUGUUUUGUAUCCUGGAAUUCCUGGCUUGCUUCAGGAGUGCCCUGGCUAAUCUUCCACCGAGAUUCCUAAUAGAUGGACAUUCGGAAAUUGUGCUGCGACUAAAGGAGGGCCCUGACACACCUGUUGGAUCCUUAAUCUACAGACUCAAAGGAUUCGAUCCAGAUGGGGAUCCACUAACAUUUGGGAUUAAGGAAUCAAUUCCUGGAAGUGAAGUUCUGCGUGUUGAAAAUGUAGGGAUGAAUCAGGCAAACUUAUUCUUGGCUCAGGAGUUAGAUAGAGAAACCAAAGAUGAAUAUUCAAUAGUUCUAACACUGACCGAUAAUCGUUUGGGAGAAGGAAACUUUGUGACACAGAGCCUCCUCCUGCUAGUUGAGGAUGUCAACGACAAUGAGCCAGUCUUUAAGCCCUUCCAGGCAGCUAUUGAAGUACCCGAAGGAAGUCGCCCAGGUGUUAUAACAACAGUUGAAGCAACAGAUCAAGAUGAAGGAGCUUUCGGUCAAGUUAUCUACUACCUCCAAGAACUCGAUGGUGAAAAUGAGGUCUUCUCCAUCACGACAAAUCAAGGAAAGGGCGUUAUAAGGCUCAUGCGUGACCUCGACUACGAACGCAAGAGUCUCUAUCAAUUGCGCAUCCUUGCCGUUGAUCGGGCGAAUCAGGGUAAAGUCAAUACGGGCAGUGCGGCGCUUCUUGUUAAAGUCAAAGACAUGGAGGAUCAACCACCGGAAUUUGUUGCAGUAACUCCCGUAAUUCGGGUAUCUGAAGAUAUUCCAGUGGGUUCAAAAGUUGCGCACGUUAAAGCCAUUGACGGUGAUCGGGGUGUCAACAAUGAAAUUCGCUACUCCAUGAGGAAUGGCUUUGGCUUAUUUGGCAUCCACGAAAGGUCUGGAGCUAUCAUUACAGUUAAGACACUCGACAGGGAGAAUCCAGACAAUCAAAUAAAUGGGGCAUACAUCGUGGAGGUUGUUGCCACGGAAAAAUCCAAAAUCAUCAACCCACCACCUUCGGUUAGGACGGAAAUCACGAUCAUCCUAACGGAUGUCAAUGAUGAGACACCACGAUUCCGCGAGACAGCCUACGAGUGCGAAGUCAAUGAAAAUGCCCAAGAAGAUACUCCAAUAACAUUUUUAGGGAAUUCCCCAUUCAAUGAAGUCUUCGAUCACGAUCAAGGACUCAAUGGGACAUUUGAUCUGGCUCUCGUUCCACCAAAUGAAAUUUUCGAAGUUACCCCAAGUAGGGCAAUCAAUGAAGCCACCUUCCUGAUUCGCGUGAAGGAUUCAACAUUCUUGGACUUUGAGAAGGUGACUCAGUUGAAUUUUACUCUGGUUGCCAGGGAGGUGGCUGAUAAAAGUCGGAUGACAAAGGUUCCAAUAAAAAUCCACAUCAGAGAUCAAAACGACAACUAUCCGGAAUUUGCAAAUCGAAUUUAUGAAGUCUCAAUUCCGGAGAAUAGUGGAGUAGGGACUACAGUUGGACAGGUGGAUGCUUUUGAUUUGGAUUCGGGGAAUUAUGGAACUAGAGGCAUCCGGUACACCAACAUGGGUGGUGGCAUUGCUCAUUUGCUGCAUUUGAAUGCAAUUUCCGGUGUGAUAACGGUUAAAUCUCCAGGUGGGCAUUCCUUUGAUCGCGAACUUGUAUCCCGACACUACCUAACCGUUGAAGCUAGAGACAAUCUUGGGCAAGGAAAUAGGAAUACCGUCCAGUUGAUAGUCAACAUUGACGACGUAAACGAUAACUCCCCGGUUUUCGUUCAAAGCAAAUACGAAGUAAGAUUGAUGGAGAAUAAGGUUUCCUUUGAAACUCCUCUUGUCGUUGAAGCCAAGGAUAAUGAUUUGAAUGGAACGAAAAACAGUGAGAUCGAAUACGAGCUAAUUGACGGAGAAUUCAGGGAAAAUUUCACAAUUGAUUCAAAGAGUGGUUUGAUAGAACCUACAGGAUCAAUGGAUUUUGAACUGAUCCCCGGAGGAAGUUCAAAUAUUAGACCAAUUCAUCUUACAGUCAAUGCAAAGGAUGGUGGAAUCCCAAGUCUUUCAGCUCGUGUCCCUGUUGUUGUCUACCUUCAUGAUGUUAAUGAUCAUGCACCACAAUUUCAACAUGCCUACUACCGAAGAUCCAUUCCCGAAGAUCUCCCCAGUGGCUCAUCAAUUCUCGAGGUGAAAGCUUCAGACAAAGAUGGAUCUUCACCCAACAAUGUUGUGGUUUAUCGCAUACAGAAAGGUGCUAGUGAUAAGUUUGUCAUAGGCAGUGAUACGGGGGUUAUAUCAAUAGCCCCAGGGGCUUCCCUUGAUCCCGAUUUGACAAAUCCAAAAAUUGAUCAGUACUCACUGUUUGUCGUUGCCCUGGACAGCGGGAUUGGGGAUCAGCAAAUGAUGACGUCCACCGUGGUUAACAUCACGAUCAUCGAUGUAAAUAACAAACCACCGCAUUUUGCAGAUCCUGGCACAGUUUCAGUGAAGGAAAAUACUCCAGUUGGAACAUAUGUCUUUCGCUUGAUAGCCACAGAUCCCGAUGUGAAGCCAAUUCUGCGGUACAGCGUUGAUCCGGCAACGUCAGAGGCACGAUCUGAAGAAGGGGCAAUUGUUAAGUUAUCAGAGUAUGACUACCUCAGUGCGUUUGAGAUAAAUGCAGUGGAUGGUUUAGUUAGGGUUGUCAAGUUAGUUGAUCGGGAGAAAGUUGAACAGAUCAAGUUGGGAUUUACUGUUGAGGAUAUUGCUGCAGCCAAGGGAAGGCAGCUAGUGCCAGGAGCACUUUCAAUUGUUAUUGAAGAUGAGAAUGACAAUAGCCCGAAAUUUAGAAAGCCCUUCUACAAGCGUUCCAUCAUGGAAAAUAGCCCUAAUGGUGUAACAAUAGUUAACAUUGUUGCUUAUGAUGUGGACAAAAAUAGAACCAUUACUUAUUCACUAGAAGGACCUUCUGACAUCACAAGCCUCGUACAUUUGGACUCGGAAUCAGGAGAAAUUGUGGUGGCAAAUAAGAUUGAUCAUGAAGUUCAUAAAUGGCUGAAUUUUACAGUGAAGGCCACUGAUUCAGGCGUUCCCAGCAGAUCAUCCCUUGUUGAAGUUUUCCUAGAUGUUAUUGAUGAGAACGACAACAGGCCAUACUUCUUAGGGGACAUGAGGAAUUUUUCUGUGUCUGAAAAUGCCCCAAUUGGAACGAAGAUUACAACAGUAAGAGCUGAAGACGCUGAUUCAGGAGAUUUCGGGAAGAUUACAUAUCUAAUGGAUCGAAUUAGCUCUCAAGGAAAAUUUACAAUUGAUGCAGACACGGGAGUCAUCACUGUGGCUGAUAAGCUUGAUCGAGAAAUUAAAGAUGAUUACAUGAUUGUAAUUGAGGCCUGGGAUAACUAUCAAUUUGGAUAUUUAAGUGGAGAGAGUCGAAAUACCUUCAAGCAGCUUUUUAUUAAGAUCAUUGAUGAGAACGACUCUCCGCCUGUUCUGCAUUUUCCUGUUGGAUGCGUUCAGAUCACAGAAUACCACGAUCUUCGGGAAUUCAUUGCAAAGAUAAAGGCAACAGAUGCUGAUGACCCUAAGACCCCAAAUGGAGUUGUUGAAUUUGAAUUGCUGCAAAAUGAGAGCGCUGAUCACUUUAAGAUCGUCAAAAUUGAUUCAUGGUCUGCAGCAGUCUUCGCCAAGCAUUCCCUCCAAGGAUUCUACGGGAACUAUACUCUAAUGAUCAGUGGAAGAGAUCUCGGAACUCCGGCAAAUAUUGUCACGAAGAAAUUGGAGAUUUGCGUUUCGGAUUUCAACGAUCACGCCCCAAUCUUUAUAUCUCCGGCAAAUAAUGUAACGAUCCGUAUUCCCGAGAAUGCAACCAUUGGAAGUUCAGUGAUACAGGUAAUUGCACGAGAUGAUGACGUAGGUCCCAAUGCUGCUGUUCUCUAUCGCCUCAAGCCUGACCCAAUAGGCAGCUACAGGAUGUUUGAUAUUGACGCCAAAACUGGAAUGAUCACCCUGAAGCAUCAGCUUGACAGAGAGAGGCAGCGAAUUCAUGAGAUUCGCGUUGAAGCCUACGAUCAAGGAAUACCAACACCGCUGAGUUCAGAUCUCGAUCUAACAGUCUACGUGAGGAAUGUCAAUGACUAUGAACCACAAUUUCUCGUUGAUGAGAUCACCGUGAACUUCACAGAGCAUUCCCCGCCAGGGAGUGAGAAAAAGAAACUUCCCGAUACGGUGGAUCGCGAUGAAGUUGAUGAACUGGAUGAUCCUCCGAGUAUUGUGUGCUACUACAUUGUCUACGGGAAUGAAGAGAAGAUCUUUCAACUUGAUCCUGAAUCACAUAUCUUAACUGUCUCAAGGGAACUCGACAGAGAGGUCAAAGCAAAUCAUACGUUGAUCAUUAAAGCAACAGAGGAUUGUGUCAAUGUCCCAAGAGCUUUGCAGGCAGAUGGACCAAUUUCAGCACCAAUAAAGCGCCAACUUUCAGAUACAAAUAGAACGCAACAAGCACGAACGAAGACUUACAGCAGCAAGUACGUUGACUAUUUCGAUCGAUAUAAGCAUUCGAGGAAUUUGAGGAGCAUCGAAGAGGACGCUGAAUUCAUACGAGAUCCCAUUUUUGAGAGCUUAGAAAGUGGAGCGUUGUUAUCAGAAGACAGCACGCUAGUCCGGGUGACGGUCUUUGUGAACGACAUCAACGACAAUGCUCCUAAAUUCUCAAGUAAAGUCUUCACCGGAGGCGUUUCAACAGCUGCGGAUUUUGGAGUGAAAUUCAUGCAGAUCAAGGCAGUGGAUAAGGACGAUGGGGAUAAUGCAAAGAUUACCUACUACCUCGUAGGAUCCAUUCAUAGAACACUAACUGAGGGAUUGGAGAACUUGCAAAAGCCACCGUUUCUCGUUGACGUCGAUACGGGAGAGAUUCAGCUGAAUUUUGAUCCCCUCAAAGGGAUGAAGGGAUACUUUGACUUUAUGGUUAUUGCCAAUGACACCGAUGGGCUUCAGGAUGUUGCUCAUGUCUUCAUCUACCUCCUACGGUCUGAUCAACGCGUAAAGAUUGUUCUACGACAGCAACCACCUGAAGUUCGGGCUAAAGUUGAUGACUUUCGCCGCAUUCUGGGCAAUGUAACCAAUGCCAUCGUGAAUGUGGAUGAUUUUCGUAUUCACGAAAAUAAGGAUGGGUCAGUCGAUAAGACCAAGACGGAUGUUUACCUGCAUUUAGUGGAUCCAAUGGAUAAUUCAAUCUUGGACGUUGGGGAUGUCUUGCGGCUCAUUGAUCAGAAUAUUGAGAAGUUGGAUGAUCUCUUCAAGGAGUUCAAUGUUCUUGAUACUCAACCUGCAGAGGCCCUACUCCUGACCAGUGAGAUGACGGGCAAAUCUUUCCUAAUCUGGUUGGUUUUCUCAAACCUGAUCAUUGGGGGUUUACUCAUCAUCGUCCUUGGGCUUUGCAUGUCUCAGAGAUCGAACUACAAGAGGCAACUUAGAGCUGCCAGGGUUAAUACUUACGGUCCUGGAAUCUCUGACCUAGCUGGACGUGGGAUAGCCUCUCGUGUACCCAAUACAAAUAAACACAGCAUCGAGGGAAGCAACCCAAUCUGGCUGAAAGCCUACGAGAAUGAAUGGUUCAAGAAUGAUGAUAACUUUAGCAAUGGCUCCGGAAAUGACUCAAUAGAUGAAAAUAUUAUAGUCAACGAUCAAUACAACGGAAAGAAAAAGGAGAUUAAUACUCAGAACGACAUGAAUCGGCAAUUUAAUGUUUACCAACAAAUUGAUAAGCUCACCAAUGCCCACAUCCUGGCCAAGAAGUUGGAAACGACGGAACUGUAGCCUGCAAAAGGGGGUGCAUUUAAUUUAUACAACUAAAUAAUUUAUGUAAUGUAGAAAAGAGAUGGCUUUUGUAUCUUUUGAGGAGAAUUAAAGUCCUUUUGGAUGGAAA